UUUCUCAUUGGAUAAUGCUUUGGAUAAUGUAGUUGGAAUAGAAAUAGUGUUUAGGCUCACAUUGUGUUCAUAUUGGCAAUUGGAGCAAGAGUUUUUGAUAAUCCACUUCGUAAGUUUGAGUGUAGCCCUUAGCCACCAACUUGGCCUUAUACCUUUCAACAAUACCAUUCACCUUGUGUUUUAUAGUGAAAACCCAUUUACAUCCAAUUGGAUUUUUUCCUUUAGGCAACUAUACCAAUUCCCAUGUCUUAUUUUUCUCUAAGCCUUCAUUUCUAUUUUCAUGGCCUGCCUUCAUUUCUCACUGGAUAAUGCUUCAGAUAAUGUAGUUGUAAUAGAAAUAGUGUUUAGGCUCACAAGAAAAUUUUUGUGGGUUGGUGAGAAUUUUUCAAAUGAUACAAAAUUAGAGAUUGGGUAUAAUGGAUGCUUAAUACAUUCUAUGGUUCCUUUCCUAAUGGCAAUAGGCAAAUCAUAAUCAUUAUUUUUAGUUUUAGGAGAUUCAUGCUCAUUUUGAGAAAUAGAGUCAGAGAUUGUAGUUACCUCAUUUCCAGAAUUAGGAUUAGGUUCUUGGACUUUCACCGGUUUAGGAGUUGAAACUUUCCUUCUUGAGUACCCCUAUAAUUCCUUCAUAGAAUCAAGAACAAUAUUAUCCUUAGUUAUAGUUUCUAUGUUUGGAAUGUGUUCAAACUCAAAUUCAGUGUAUGACUUGGGCUAAGAAGAAACAGGUUUAGACUUGGAAGAAUUAGUGGUGAAAAAGUUGAGGAAAUAGGUUUAGACUCAAAAGAAUUGAUGGGUGAAAAUGUUAAGGAGAACAAGUCAAGCAAAAAGAAGUCUAUCAUUAUCUUCCAUGAAUGAAGUCUCUUCCUAAAGACAAGGUUGAGUAAAAAAUGGUUUACUUUCUUCAAAAGUGACAUUUGCAGACAGAAUUUUUUGGUAGGAGGAUGAUAGCAAUCAUUCCCUUUCUGAGGUAAUGAAUACAGCACAAAAAUACACUUAACUACUCUUGGAUCCAACUUUCCCCAAUUAUGACUACGAACAUGAACAAAUGAUGUACAACCAAAUAUCCCAGGUGUGAGGUUGUUUGUGGCAUUGAAAUUGGGAUAGAAUUGUGACAGUAGUUCCAUAGGAGUUUUAAAUUCCAAAACCCUUAAAGGUAACCUAUUUAUAAUGUAUGUGGCAAUGAGAACAGAUUUCCCCUAGUAGGAUUAGGGUACAUUUGUUUGAAAAAAUAAGGCUUGGGUUGUGGCUAGUAAAUAGCUAUUUUUCUUUUUUGCCACUUCAUUCUACUACAGAGUAUUAACCCAAGAUGACUCAUGAAUAAUCCUGUCUUUUUAGAAAUAGUUAGAAAGACUUUGGUUGAAAAAAUCUUUUGCAUUAUCAAACCUAAAUCUUUUGAUUUUCACUCCAAAUUGUUUUUGGAUCAUGUUUUGAAAGCUUAAAAACACUCUAUUCACAUCUGAUUUGGAUUUAAUUAAAAGAAUCCAAGAAACCCUAGUACAAUCACCUAUGAAUUAAACAAACCACCUUGCACUAGAAAUAUUAGGAAUAGUAGAGGGACCCCAUAUGUCAUUAUGAAUCAAGUAAAAAGGAGCAUAACUUCUUUUGUUGCUAACUGGAAAAGACACCUCUAUGUUUUGCAAGUUCUCAAACAUCACAAUGAAAAUUUUCAAUAUUUAAUCUUUUGAACAAAGAAGGAAACAUGUUUUUCAAAGUUCCAAAAAAAGGAUGUCCAAUACGAAAAUGAUAAAUCUAGAUUUUGUCUUUAUUGGGAGGUUUUUCAGAAAGAAAUGACAAAGGUGAAGUGCAGUGUGAGCAACCAAACAACUCUUUGUACACUUUCACCGGAAAUCUUAUAAUGGACAAUCAAACAUUGCCUCUUUCUCCAAAUCAGAUUUUACUGAGGGGUUGCAGUCUGAAAAACACCGAGUUCAUAGUUGGGGCUGUUAUAUUUACUGGUCAUGAAACAAAGGUUAUGAUGAAUUCCAUGAAUGUGCCUUCAAAAAGAAGUACAUUAGAGAGGAAACUUGACAAACUUAUACUCACUCUCUUUGGUACUCUUUUCACUAUGUGUCUGAUUGGAGCGAUAGGAAGCGGUGUAUUCAUUGACCGAAAGUACUACUUCUUAGGUCUCGGUAAAAGUGUGGAAGAUCAAUUCAACCCUAACAACAGAUUUCUGGUUGCUCUUUUGACCAUGUUGACCCUACUUACUUUAUACUCGACAAUUAUCCCUAUAUCUCUAUAUGUUUCUAUUGAGAUGAUCAAGUUUAUUCAGUCCACUCAAUUUAUCAACAAGGACUUAAAUAUGUACCAUGCUGAAACCGACACCCCUGCUUUGGCUAGGACCUCUAAUUUGAACGAGGAACUUGGACAGGUGGAGUACAUUUUUUCUGAUAAAACUGGGACUUUGACAAGAAAUUUAAUGGAGUUCUUCAAGUGUUCAAUUGGAGGUGAAAUCUAUGGUACAGGUAUGACUGAAAUUGAGAGGGGUAUUGCUGAACGAAGAGGCAUAAAGGUCCAAGAGGUGCAAGCAUCAAACAAUCCCAUACGGGAAAAGGGUUUCAAUUUUGAUGAUGUCAGGCUCAUGCGAGGAGCUUGGAGAAAUGAGCCUAAUCCUGAUGCUUGCAAGGAAUUUUUUAGAUGUCUUGCUAUAUGUCACACUGUGCUUCCUGAAGGUGAUGAGUCCCCUGAGAAAAUCAAAUAUCAAGCCGCAUCCCCCGAUGAGGCUGCUUUGGUUUUGGCUGCAAAACAUUUUGGCUUCUUCUUUUACAGACGUACACCUACAAUGAUAUAUGUUCGUGAAUCUCAUGUGGAGAGGAUGGGUAAAAUCCAAGAUGUGUCUUAUGAGAUUUUAAAUGUUCUUGAGUUCAAUAGUACGAGGAAGCGCCAAUCUGUUGUAUGUCGUUAUCCAGAUGGCAGGCUGGUACUAUACUCUAAGGGAGCUGAUACUGUCAUUUAUGAGAGAUUGGCGGGUGGAAGUGAUGCUUUAAAGAACGUUACCAGGGAACACUUGGAACAAUUUGGCUCUGCUGGAUUACGCACCCUUUGCCUGGCCUAUAGAGAUCUAGCUCCUGACAUGUAUGAGAGUUGGAAUGAGAAAUUCAUCCAAGCCAAGUCAUCUCUACGAGAUCGUGAAAAAAAGUUGGAUGAGGUGGCUGAACUAAUAGAGAAGGAUCUCAUUUUAAUUGGUGCAACUGCAAUAGAAGACAAGCUUCAAGAAGGAGUUCCAAAUUGCAUUGAGACUCUUUCUAGAGCUGGAAUUAAGAUUUGGGUGCUAACAGGGGACAAGAUGGAAACUGCAAUAAAUAUAGCUUAUGCAUGCAACUUACUAAACAAUGAGAUGAAACAAUUCAUUAUCAGCUCCGAAACUGAUGCUAUUAGAGCAGUUGAAGAAAGGGGGGACCAAGUUGAAAUUGCACACUUUAUCAAGGAGGAAGUUAAAAAGCAACUGAAGAAGUGCCUUGAUGAGGCACAGCAAUAUUUUCACACAGUCUCUGGACCAAAAUUAGCACUUAUUAUAGAUGGAAAGUGUCUGAUGUAUGCCUUAGACCCAAGUUUACGGAUAACGCUCCUUACUUUGAGCUUGAAUUGCUCUUCAGUUGUUUGCUGCCGAGUCUCCCCUUUACAGAAAGCACAGGUAACGAGCUUGGUGAAGAAAGGUGCGCGUAAAAUUACACUUAGUAUUGGUGAUGGUGCCAAUGAUGUUAGCAUGAUCCAAGCUGCUCAUAUUGGCGUUGGAAUUAGUGGGCUUGAAGGGAUGCAAGCAGUUAUGGCUAGUGAUUUUGCAGUUGCUCAGUUUCGCUUUCUUAAUGAUUUGCUCCUUGUGCAUGGGCGUUGGUCUUAUCUUAGAUUAUGCAAGGUUGUGAUGUAUUUCUUUUACAAGAAUCUUACAUUUACUUUAACUCAAUUUUGGUUCACCUUCAAUACUGGAUUUUCUGGUCAAAGAUUUUAUGACGACUGGUUCCAGUCAUUGUAUAAUGUCAUAUUCACUGCACUACCAGUGAUUAUGGUUGGGCUUUUUGACAAGGAUGUCAGUUCUUCCCUUUCAAAGAAGUACCCUGAAUUAUACAAGGAGGGAACAAGAAAUAUGUUUUUCAAGUGGAAAGUUGUUGCAAUAUGGGCCUUCUUUGCCGUCUAUCAAUCUCUAGUCUUCUUCCACUUUGUGACUGUUUCCAGUUCUGCAAGUCAAGGCUCAUCUGGUAAAAUGUUUGGUCUUUGGGAUGUCAGCACAAUGGCCUUCACAUGUGUUGUAGUAACUGUCAACUUGCGUCUGCUUAUGAUCUGUAAUUCAAUCACAAGAUGGCAUUACAUUAGUGUUGGAGGAAGCAUUCUAGCGUGGUUCUUGUUUAUAUUUAUUUAUUCUGGUAUUAUGACUCCACAUGAUCGACAGGAGAACAUCUUCUGGGUCAUAUAUGUCUUGAUGAGUACACCCUAUUUCUACAUCACUCUUCUUCUUGUUCCUGUUGCUGCACUUGUGGGAGAUUUCCUUUACCUAGGUGUGCAAAGAUGGUUCUUCCCCUAUGAUUAUCAGAUUGUUCAGGAAAUUCACAAGGAUGAAGCUGAUGAUAGUGGUCGUUCAGAUUUAUUGGAAAUCGGAAAUCAGCUUACACCUGACGAAGCAAGAAGCUAUGCUAUUUCUCAAUUGCCAAGGGAAAUAUCGAAACACACGGGUUUUGCCUUUGACUCUCCUGGGUACGAGUCAUUUUUCGCUUCACAGCUAGGUAUAUAUGCACCACAGAAGGCAUGGGAUGUUGCUCGGAGAGCUAGCAUGAGGUCAAAGCCGAAGACAAACAAAAAGAAUUGAUUCAAAGGGAAAUUAUUGUACAAUUUUUUGUUUUUUUAUUUUUCAAUCCCCCCUUUUUGAUAGUCUAACCUUGAGAAAUCUGUAAAAUUAGUCAAUUUGCUGUAGGGCUUUGUUUCUUUUUUUUUUUUUUUUUUUUUUUUGUUCCAUUAUAAAGCAUCUUUUUAGGAACCAAAUCGAGUAUCAGGGUUGUCAUGGAUGUACAGCUACAAGAAUAGACUUAAAUACGAAUUUCAUUAUCCAAAAUUUAAGUUGUGUAGACAACUUUUAGGAUAUCAUAUCUAUGGAAACCUGAAUAAAUAAAUGUCUCAUUGGUGCAAUGCAAGUACUUCCUCUCUGUUCUGACUUGGUAGACUUCCAGAAUAAGCACGCAGACUUGGGAUGCGUUUAGUACGCCAAGAAAAACUGAAAUUCUACAAUGGCAUGUGUAGGGUCGCUCUCCUACGCAAACGAAGUCAGUAAUUCUAUACUCAUAAAUAGUUGUAACAGAUAGCAAAUAAUUAUAAAAAAUGUAAAAUAAAAAUUACAUAAUUUUCUUAUCACCUAAUCAAAAGGUAAGCAAAAUUACAGAACA